UCAUUCGUUCAUUCGUUCAUUCGUCGCUCCUGGCAGCUAAUCGCCGUCACCUGCUUUGCCCGACUGCUCCUGCACCAUGACAGCGACCACCCCAAGAGCCUCGCUGCUGUCGCCGAUCCUGGCCGUCUUGGCCGCCGACUGGCCCCUUGUGCUGUUGCUCAUUUUCGGAGGAUGCUGCUCGAAUGUCUUUACACUCGAGGUCUUGAUCAGUGACCAGCCCAAAAGUGGAGACCUGAUCACAUUUGCGCAGUUUCUGCUGGUUGCAGUAGAGGGUGCAUUCAGCAUGAUCGAGCGUGCGCCCAGCGGCUCGCUCUUGCCGUUGGCCAUCAAGCAGAGCAAGAUCCCGCUCUCUCGCUAUGCGGUCAUGGUCACCAUAUUCUUCCUAGUCUCGGUCUUGAACAACCAAGCGCUAUCAUAUGACAUACCAGUACCGCUUCACAUCAUCUUUCGAUCAGCCUCGCUGCUUGCAAGCAUGCUCGUUGGCUGGCUGUUCUUUAGCAAACGUUUCACAUUCCAACAGAUCCUGGGCACCUCGCUGAUCACAGCCGGCAUUGUCACAGCCACAUUUGCCUCAUCCAAGAGUCAAUCGCACCAGUCCGUCAGUGCCGAGGGCAUUUGGAGCUCAAAGUUCCUGAUGGGCAUCGCCAUUAUGACGAUCGGUGUCAUUCUGGCUUGUGUUCUCGGUCAGGUUCAGCAGUCCACCUACAGCAAGUAUGGCAGUGCCUGGCGAGAGAGCCUGUUCUUCACCCAUGCCCUAUCCCUGCCCGGGUUCCUCUUCGUUGCCCCGAGCAUCCUGCAGAGCGUCGAGAUCUUCAAUCGCAGCCCGAUGAUGUCACUGGCGCAGUACUUCAAUCUCGGGCCCUCUACGGAUUCCUUGCUUGCGCCUUUUGUGGGCUUCAAUCUCGAUUUCAAGCUGCCCAAGCUGUGGAUCUUCCUGAUCCUGAACAGCGUCACCCAGUAUGUGUGCAUCUCGGGUGUUCACAAGCUGGCAUCGAUGACUUCGCCCGUUACCGUCAACCUGGUCUUGAGCGUCCGCAAGCUUGUAUCGCUUUGCCUCUCGAUCUACAUCUUCAAGAACCCGUUCACAAGCUACCACUGGCUGGGUGUCUUUGCCGUUGCGGUCGGAACGGCGCUGUACAUGACUGCAUCCCAGUCUGCGAGCCAUCAGCCUGUUCGUCCAUUGAAGCCAAAGGCGACCAAGGAAGACUGAUCGUCGAUUGCGAGCUGCGAGCUGCGACCAGAAACUGCAUCUUGAGGAUGGAAUACGUAUGUAUGCUGAUAAACGACCUAUAAUACAUUCAUUUCAGAGCAAA